GAUGACGUAUUAGAAUCACUCUGGAUCGAACGUCUCCCUAACUCGAUACGCUCUGCUAUCACUAUCCUCGACGGCGAUUCAACGCAAAUGGCAUUGCAAGCUGACCGUAUGAUCGAGAUGCAGAGUUUUCCAGAGUUUCGCCGCAGAAAUUGA